CACACCCCAACACUUGCCUUUAUUGUCUAGAACCCUCUCUCUCUCUCAAAAACAAGUUCUAUCCGAGCCUUUUGUUCCUUUGUAAUUCGCUCUCUACCGCAAGAGAUAUCUAAACAUCAACACAGUCAUGUCGGUACUACUUCCUUUGUGUCUGAUUAUCUCCAUGAUUGCCUAUUCAAAUGCUGCGUACUGUGUGUGCAAAGACGGGAACGAGCAAGUGCUUCAGAAGGCAAUAGACUACGCAUGUGGAGCAGGAGCUGACUGUUCUCAGAUCCAGCAAAACGGAGCUUGUUACCAGCCUAACACCGUCAAAAACCACUGUGACAUCGCCGUCAACAGUUACUACCAAAAGAAAGCUUCAUCCGGCGCCACCUGUGACUUUAACGGCGCAGCUAUCAUCUCUACCUCCCCUCCAUCAACCGCUUCAAGCUGUUUAACCGGUUCCAGCUCUAGUGGGACCCCAUCCACUGGGACACCAACCACAGGGACACCAACCAGUGGCUUCCCAUCCACAGGCACUCCACCGUCCACCGGGACUCCCACAACCGGAAUGCCUAACACCGGGACUCCUUCCACUUCCACUGGUACGCCAACUUCAGGCACGCCCACAAGCGGGAUGCCAACUUCGUCUUCAUCUUCUGUGUUCCCGGGCACUGCUCUUGGACCAACCGGGAGCGGCGGGCUAGAUCCUAGUAACGGAGAAAAGAUAUCAGUCCGAACUAACUCGGUGUUCUUGUUACUAGCCGGUGCAGCGAUGAUACUUGUGGUUUAGAAAACAUCAUCUCAGGACAUAUGGUUGGUUGUAAUGGAUGGGGACUGAGAUUUUGCCUACGGCUUAGUAACUGCUACCUCUCUUUUUUUUUUCACUCUUGUCUUUGUUAUUAGCUAGUAAUCUGGGGAUGUUCAUCAAGAGCUUUUUCUUAAUUUUUGUAAAUCCGGAGGAUGAGACGCUCUUUUUUAUUUAUUUUUUAUCCUUAUUUUUCUUCGAAUC